GAAAAGGAAAAUUGGGUGCGAAGACAAAUACAAUCUUCGUCGUGUUCGGAGGAGAUUCUUCCCUUAAAGAAAUUUCUGUGAAAUCGUCGAUCCUCCUUCUCUCGAUUCCCCCAAUUCCCUUAUUCAUCUUCUUUUUUCUUGCUUUCAUCCAAUUUUCAAAUCCAAAUCUCCCAUUUCUCUGAAUCUCCUUUUAUGGAGAACGAAACCACCAUUAACGCCACCAAACUUGGCUCCGAUGGAGUCAAGCCAACCCCGGCUACCACUACCACCGCCUCUUCCGACCAUGAACAAAACCCCACUUCCAAUCCAUCGCCACCCUCUGUUGCAGACCCCCAGAAUGACCCUACUGGAUCCGACUCCGCCUCCCUUCAAACCCCUUCUCGCCACUCCUCCAGAACUCCCUUCACUAAUCUCACCCAGGUCGAUGCUGACCUUGCCCUCGCUCGUACCCUUCAAGAACAGGAAAGAGCAUACCUGAUGCUCAGAAUGACGAGUGAGGGGAGUGAUUUUGGAAGCUGGGAAGCUGGAAGUUAUGUAUUAGACGAUGAGGAUGGUUUUGGUGAUCCCCAUGACCAUACAGAAUCUGAUGGGGAUGAUGACGAGUUUGAUGGAACAGAUGUCAAUGAUGAUGAUGAUGUCUUUGAUGUGCAUGCUCAUGAAGAUGGAGAAGAUAAUAAUCCCAACUUUGAACUUGAUCCAGGUAAUUUUUCAAGCGACGAGGCUUAUGCUAGAGCCUUACAAGAUGCUGAAGAUAGAGAAAUGGCUGCCAGAUUGUUGGCCCUUGCAGGAUUACAAGAUCAGGAUGCAGAUGACACUGAUGAUCAAGGUGAAAACUCCCAGGAUACGUGGGAGGAUGUUGACCCAGACGAACUGUCAUACGAGGAGUUGCUUGCAUUGGGUGAAGUGGUAGGAACUGAGAGUAGAGGGCUAUCUGCUGAUACAAUUGCUUCCUUACCCUCCAUAAACUUCAAGGCAGGGAGCGGUCAGACUGGAAGCAGUGAUUCGUGCGUGAUUUGUCGAUUGGAUUUUGAGGACGAUGAAACCUUGACUGUUCUCUCCUGCAAACACUCCUACCAUUCGGAGUGCAUAAACAAUUGGUUAAAAAUAAACAAGGUGUGCCCUGUUUGCAGUACUGAAGUCUCCACGGCUACGGGAAGCAGUUAGUUGUGUAGCAUGUGGUAUUGAAUUGUACUAAAUCAAACAUUUUACAUAUAUUAUGUUAAAUCACGAAGGAUUUUAAUUUGUUUGUUAUGGUUUUGCAAUACCCAUUUCGGUUCAAAUAUCUGUGGAAAACGUACACUAUUAUCUCGGGUUUCAUUCUGUAAACCAAGCCCCUAGGAUGAAUCUAUUUGUUUUUGCCCC